AUGUGCAAAUUCUAUCGUCUAAUAGAAGAUGUCUUUGGAAGUCGCUCGCCACUUGCCCAUCCAGCCCGCGAGGGCCAUAAAGAAUUAAUUCAAUAUCUUCUAAAGGAGGGUGCCGAUAUAGAUACUAAGGAUAUCUUGAAUAUGUCUCCUCUGGCCUUAGCAGCAGAGCAGGGACACAAGGGAGUGGUGUAA